AUGCUUAGGAGAAUUGGUCCAAUAGCCUAUGAGAUAGUACUGCCACCUCAGUUGGGGAACUUGCACAAUGUUUUUCAUGUGUCUCAAUUGAGGAAAUACGUGCCAGAUAUAAGUCAUGUGAUGGAAGUGGAUGACAUUCUAGUCAAAGAAGAUUUAACCAUUGAUGUCAGACCGGUAAGGGUGCUAAAUGUGCAAACUAAGAUGUUGAGAGGGAAGGACAUUCGCACAGUGAAGGUGUUACGGGAUGAAGCUACUCAGGAAAUUACUUGGGAGUUUGAGGAAGUUAUGAAGAAGGAGUAUCCUUAUCUUUUUGGUGUUUCGUAG